AUGAGCGGCCCUCAGCCACAAACCCAACUCCGCCAACAAGGCACCGCCACGUCGGGAUCCCAAACACAAACGACCACCUCGACAACGGGCGGCGAGUCCUCCACCUCCUCCCCAGCGACCCAACAACCACCAUCCCAACCGCAACCGCCCAUUCUCCGCCUCCGCGGCGCCCACGCCCCCUCGGGCCCGCGCGUGCAGUGGGCCGAAAACGUCGUCGACAAUGAAGGGCUUGGCCGCAAGUCGUCCAAGGUGUGCUGCAUCUACCACGCGCCCCGGGCCGUGGGCGAGUCGAGCUCCGAGUCUUCCUCAGACGACAGCGAUGAUAGCAGCAGCAGUUCGGACAGCGACUCGGAUGCAGGCAGUGGCAGGAGAAGGGUCGGUCGGGCCGGGGGAGGACAUGGACACGAUCACGAGCACGGGGAGGGCUGCUCGCAUCACCACAAAGGUCGUCGCAAUGGAGGUAGUAGUGGCAGGAGGAGAAGGAGACCGAGCCCGAACGCAUACGAGAAGCAGCCAAAACCAAGGCCCAAGCCUGGCGAUGGCGCUGGUAGCAAUGGACCUAAUGGGAGGGACAAGCCUUCCUAA